GACGCUCUGUCUUCCGCCACCAACCGCACCACCAGCUCGCGCGAGGUCGGCGGCGCCACCUUCUACGACUACGACAUCGAGUCGCCCGACUACCACUACCUGGUGGCCAUCACGGUGUCCAACGGCAAGGUGUUCUCGCUGUUCGUGCGCAGCCCCACCAAGUCGUUCCCCGCCAACGAGGCCAAGCUCCGCCACAUCGUGGAGACCUUCCGCCUGCUGUAAUUGCCUGACAUGUGUGCGUGAACAAUUGUGCGGGUUUGUAUGUUUAAGCGUUGGCGUGUGUUAACAUGCGUGUACGGUCGGCGUCGCGCGGAAUCGGAGCGCAGUGGUAUCUAAUGGUGGUAGCAAUGCGUCAGUCGCGCCGUCCUGGCAGAUUAGGCUUGAGGAAAUGUUAUUUGGCAUUGUUUUGUCGGUGAAACGUGAUGGGAUGCGAUGGGGUCCGACUUCCGAGGCAGUCUUCGAGUGAGGUAUGCAGCGCGCGGCAGUCAGGCGCAGUUUUGACGGAGCUAGGUUGUUGGGGGGCCAAAGUGGGUGGCUGCAUGUUGGCUGCGCCCCCUUUCGGUCCGGCCCUUUUGCCGAGAAGCCGAAGGUGUGAAGGGCACCGGACGUGUGUCGGGUAGAUGUCGAGCGGUGAGGCGCCGUUAGUGCGAUGCGGAGGUUGUAAUCGAAAGCGAAC